AUGGGCUCCAAACACCCCGACGAGAAGCUCGGUGACACCACCUCAGCCGAUCCCUCCAUCUCUACCGAGAAGCACCACGUUCACGAUGACCCCAACAUGCCCGAGACCUACGAGAAGCAGGACCCCUCUCACGCGACCGGCGACGACGACGUCUACUACCCAUCUGGCCUCAAAGUCGUCCUCAUCCUCAUCUCCCUCUGCCUCGCCGUCUUCCUCGUCGCCCUCGACCAGACCAUCAUCGCCCCGGCCCUCGGCACAAUCACAGCAGAGUACGGCAGCGUCAAGGAUAUCGGCUGGUAUGGCGCCUCCUACCUCCUGACGACGACGGCCCUACAGCCAAUGUACGGCACAAUCUAUAAGCUCUUCAGCAUCAAGUACGCCUACCUUACUGCCAUCGCCAUCUUCGAAAUCGGCUCCCUCGUCUGCGCUCUUGCGCCAACCUCCACCGCCUUCAUCGUUGGUCGCGCCAUUGCUGGUAUUGGUACUGCGGGUCUGUUCUCCGGAUCCAUCGUCAUCCUCAGCUACACCAUGCCUCUCGAGAAGCGACCCCUGGCAUUCGGUCUUAUUGGGGGCAUGUGGGGUGUUGCGUCCGUUGCUGGGCCUCUUCUGGGUGGUGUCUUUACCGAGAAAGCGACCUGGCGGUGGUGUUUCUACAUCAACCUCCCCAUCGGCGGUAUCGCCAUGGCCUUUAUCUUCUUCCUCCUCACCAUCAGCCGAAAGAACAACCCCAGUGGAGAGUCUCUGAUGAAGCGCAUUCUGCAGCUCGACCUCAUCGGAACGGCCAUCUUCCUGCCUGCGAUUGUCUGCCUCAUUCUCGCUCUCCAGUGGGGUGGCGCCGAGUACCCCUGGAAUAGCUCCAAGAUUAUUGGACUAUUUGUCGGAUUCGCGCUCAUGAUUAUCGUCUUCAUUGGUAUUCAGCUAUGGCAGGGCGACAAGGGAACGCUGCCUCCCAAGCUAUUCAAGAACCGCAACGUCGUUUGCGCCAUGCUGUUUGCCUGCUUCUUUGGUGCUGCAUUCUUCCCGCUCCUCUACUAUCUGUCUCUCUACUUCCAGGCAAUCCAAGGCGUCAGUGCCGUCCAGGCCGGCAUCAAGAUUCUGCCCCUUCUCCUCGCAACCGUCGUCGCAUCCAUUGCCAGUGGCGCCCUGAUCUCCAUCAUUGGCUACUACAGCGCCAUCAUCCUGCCGUCUCUGGUCCUCUUCGCCGUUGGCUCAGGCAUGAUCACCACCUUCGACCUCGACACGCCCAUGCGCGAGUGGUUCGGAUACCAGGUGCUCGCGGGCCUCGGCAUCGGCGCAGGUUUCCAGAUUGGUGUGCUCGUCGUCCAGACGGUCUUGCCCCAGGAAGAGGUUCCCGUCGCGACCGCAUGCGUGCAGUUCUUCCAGUCCUUUGGCGGCGCCAUCAUGAUCGCCGUCGCCCAGACACUGUUCCAGACGGGUCUCAUUGACGGAGUCACCAAGAACGCUCCGGAUAUCAACCCCCAGAUCUUCAUCAACGCCGGCGCUGACCAGGUCCGCAACAUCUUGACGCAGAUGGGGCGUGCUGACGCCAUUGACGUGGUCCUUGAGGCCUACAUGGAUGGACUCAGGCACACCUUUUAUGUCACUGUUGCCUGCGCCUGCGCUGCUUUCGUUGCCUGCCUGGGCUUGCAAUGGAAGAGCGUCAAGAAGGAGGGCAAAGGUGGUGCUGCUGCUGUUGCUGUCUGA